AAUGAUGCGCUUCUUGUGUAUUUUUGUGAUCAACAAACAAUAUCGUAUUUAAUUUUGUUUUAAAGUAACAGUGUUCCUAAAAUAACGCAAUUAUCAAUUAUAUUUUUACUGAUGGCGCAAACAGAAGAUACUGAACUCAGAGAUUUAGUGGUUGAAUCGCUAGAAAAAAAUGGUUCGCUGGCGAAAAUUCGUGCAUUACUGCGGGCUAAUAUAUUCUUAGCAUUCGAGGAUGAUUAUGAGAACAUAAAGCAGAAUUUAGCAUUGGACAAUAUAUUAAAACUACCAGAAGGUAUCCUAUCACUGUCUAUUGUUUACGAAUUUUUGGAAUUUUGUAACCUAAAAAACACGCUAUUUGUUUACAAAUCUGAAUCACGUAAUGAAAAAGAGUAUAAAUAUGAAGGGCAAAAAAGUAUACUGGAUAAUCUGAAUCUAAGACGAGAUGGCAAUAAAGAGCCUAUACUAGUAUCCUUACUUAAAGUUAUUUCAAAGACAAGUCAAAGGCACUAUAAUGCUGACAGAAAGAACCUGUAUACCCAUGGAAAACCUGAUAACGAUUUAAAUAAAGACGAUCAAAACUGUACUUACAUAGUUCACGAAGACUCAAGCAGUACAAGUAAUUCACAUUCUGACAACUCAUCCGAUGAAAAAACUAAACUACACCUUCGACUUCCAUUAGACAACUCUGAUACAGAUACAUCAAGUGAUUCAACAAGAGACAAAUCUAGCUCAGAAUACAUACCCAAUGAACAUAUAGUUGUAGCGGCUGACAAAAAGAGUGUACCAAACCAAGCAAUAGAUAAUGUCGCAUCUGAGAACCUUAAGAAUAUUACUGUUCAUAGCAAUAAAAGCAAUCUUCCAUAUUUUUUAAGCGAGUUGAAAAUUGUUACCAGCAGUAGUAGUGAUUCUACAUCAUAUGUAGAACUGAAACCAUUCAAUUUGUCUGAUGAAAAAUUAUUAAAUACAACUGGUAUUCCAAUGGCGCCUGAUGAAAAAAGUAUUUAUACAAGCCCUCCUCGAACUCAAGAUAAUAUGGCAAGCAGUGAAAAUAUAAAAAACAGUCAAGAUCACAAAAAAGAUGCCUCUCCUACAAUAAAUAGCAUGGCAUCUCUGCUUUUAAAUCAAAAUGAAUCAAACAAAGAAAACGAUUCAGAUAAAAAGUCUGAAAAAAUUAGUAAAUCUGAUAGUGAAACGGCCGAAUACAGUUACGAUUUUACUUUGUCUGGUGCAUCAAGAAAAGAUAUGGGUGAUGUCCAAGUUCCUUCGUCUCAAUAUGUCCAAAAUAAUGUAACUAGUGAAAAUGGAAACAAAAAUGUACCAAUACUUGACAGUCCUCAUGAACGAUCACAAAGUUCACAAAGCUCCAUCUCCAUUUCAGAUGUCGCUGACUUGAUUAGUGAAAAGAGUUUUUCUGUUGCUCAUUCAAAUAAUGAAAAUGAUAAUCUUAAGUCCAAAAGUCAAAAUUCUAACAAAUCACCAAGGAGCAACAAAUCACCACACAAUGAUUCUGGUGAUUUCUCCGAGUCACCAGUUCCAUCACUGUCAAACUUGAGCCUGGAUAUUCAUAGUGACUAAUAUUAUUAAUAAGUUGUAAUUAACGCAUUUGUCCAUAUUUUUAUAUGGAGCCUGUUUUUUUUGCAGGCAAACUUAGCACAGAUUUAGACCAAUUAUAGUCUUAAUUAUUACAACUCAGACGCAAUACAAUUAACUUUUAUAUUUAUCCUUUUCAUAAUUUUAUAAUGACUGAGUUGGACCUAUUAUAGACUAAUUGAUAAUUUAAAAGAAUACCUCUAUUUUUGUAAUAUUACUGUAUGUUAAUUAAAUACUGCUGCUAAUACAGCACUUAAUUAAUUUAAUUAUUAAUUUGCUUCAAUUUAGUGAUUGGGUCAAACAUGAGGAUAUUUUGUGACAAACAUUAUUGUAUAUUACAGAUGGAGUCUUACAUACUAUUUUAUACAUAUUCAUUUACAAGUUCAUUUACCAGUGUAUAUGGUAUAAAUACUGUGUAAGAGUUCAGAAACGCCAAUAUUCUACAAAGUAUAUUGCUAUAUUAUAUUGCUAUGUAAACUUUUCAAAAACUGAAUGUUACAUUACCUAAUUGCUUGUUUCUAAAAAGAAAAUGUAACAAUCCUGUUUGAAAUCAGAUUUAAAAAUUGUCUUAAUAUUAUGAGAUAGGUUUUAAUUUUUAAAUCAUCAUACAGUUUACAGAAAACAUUUUGUUGUCAAAGUGGUUGUGCCUUAAUAAUAGCUGAUUUCUAAUUUUGUCAAAGGUUCCUUGAGGAUUUCAGUAACAUAAUAAUCUAGUCCUAAAAUAUAACUAGUUCCGUCCAAAUUGCUCUGUUACAUUAACUUCUGGUGUUUGGUUAUGAAAUUACGGCUUAGUAUAUUUUUUAUUCAAUAAAGCUAUUGCAUUUAA